AUGAAAAAAAUUGGGAUUACAUUAGGUAUAGGUAUCGAUGUAAUAAAUUCAUCAAGAUUUCAAAAAUUACUUCAAACAAAAUCAUCAACUUUUACAUCAAGAUUAUGUGAUCGAAUUUUACAUCCAAUUCAUGAAAUUCCUAAAUUUAAAUCAUUCACGACAGAAAGACAAAUUCAAUAUAUAACUGGUGCAUGGGCUUCAAAGGAAGCAUUAUUUAAAACAUUGGGUCCCGAAGAUCAAAAAAAUUACAAUUUUAAUCAAUGGUAUAGAUAUCAUGAUUCUUAUAAUAAACCAUUUAUUUGGAGUGAUCAUUACAACGUGGAAGAUGAGGAAUUUCAUUUAAGUCUUUCUCAUGAUGAUACAUUAGUUAUUGCUACAGUCUUAAGACAAAAAGUUUACAAAAUAUAG